UUCUUAAGGACCAUCUUCGCCUCUUUGAAAUCAAAUCAAAUCUAUCUGUACCAAAAACCUCUUGACAAAACCCAUGUCAGAGGUAAAUCCCGUUGUCUUUCAUAGGAGGUUGGGAAAACUAUUGGAUUUAUGGAAAAAUGCAACUGAAGCUGACGCCGAAACCCUACCGCUUCUAACGACGGGAGGGAUCUUACUGGUUUCUGGAAAUACAGAUGAGAUUCCAUAUCCAAAGAGUUAUGAAUUACAAAAGUAUCUAUUCGGAUCGAUCUUCUCUUCGACUUUAAUUUUCAUCACGCUUGAAAAUAUUACUUUUCUCUGCUCGGAACAAAAGGCAGAAAGACUUCGAACUUUAGUAUCAGACUCAAACAUCGUCGGAGCAGCUGUUACGGUAAGCGUACUCGUCAGAUCAAAGGAGCCUGGACAGUCUACAAAGCUAUUGAAAGAAGUGGGUUUAGCUAUGUCAAAGGUAGCUGAAGAUGGUAUGAAGCUGGGUUGUUUCACAAAUGACAAACAUGGAGGACAUUUCGUGGACGAGUGGAACACACACUUGAAGCAGAAGAAAAAACGACUUAAACAAAUCAAAAAAGCCAAUGACAUUUCAUUAGUCAUUAGUGCGCUGAUGGCAAGAAAGGAUUCGGACGAGAUGCAAAUUAUGGAAAUCGCAAGUAAGAUGGCUGAAAAACUUAUGAGAUUACUUUUUCAACAACUUACAAAUUCAUUGGAAGAUCAGAAGGAAAUAACUCCUGAACGGCUAACCGACAUCAUUGAGGCUAAACUCGAAGAUUCCGAUAUAUGGAAGGGUAUGGAUUUUGGCUUUAACUUCGAUACUGCGUACGCUAGCUGGAUUUAUACACCGAUCAUUCAAUCCCAAGGCGUGUAUGACCUUCGCACUUUGGUGCAGUCGACUGAUGAACGACUCAAUGAUGCUCGGGUCAUCUUGGCCAGCUUGGGUAUUCGAUACAAGAGAUAUUGCUCGAAUAUUUCUCGAGUGAUAUUGAUUGAUCCUCAUCCGACACAAGAAUCGAAUUAUAAUUAUCUCAUGGACCUUCAAAGAUUUGCUCUACAAGAGUUGAAGGAGGGUGUCAUCGUUAAAGAGUUCUACCAGACCAUCUUCUCUAAGGUCUCUAGAGAGCGCCCAGAUUUGGAAUCGACUUUGCCAGAGUCAUUUGGGUUUGGAAUUGGAAUCAUAUUCAAAGAUCCAUUUUUGAACCUGGACACAAGAUGUGACAGGCGUUUAAAAUCCGACAUGAUAUUUUCUUUGGAAAUGUCUUUUUCAAACAUUCAAGAUCCAUUUGACUCCUCCAAGACUUACUCACUACAGCUAAUUGACAUGGUGGCUGUCAAAAACGAGACAGCCAUCAUUCUAAGCAAUGGAAUCAUAGAUUCAAAAGAUUUCACUUUCCUUUUCAAAAACAAACAACAAGAUGACAUUGAAGGAUUAAAAAACAUCUCUCAAUCUUCUGCUCAACCUGAUAAACCUUCUGGCAUUCCGCCCACAACAUCAGCUGACACACAUCCAGUCGAACAUCCGAUUAAAAAAUCUGAUCUCUCCCCACCCAAAGUGCUACCAGAUGAAAAUCUUGAUCCAGACACUUCAAUCAAGGACCAACCCCAACCAUCGGAUUCAAAGAUCUCAAAGCAUGAAAGAGACUCUGAUGAUGCCUUGGAACAUCUUAUUGAAGCAAAAAAACUCAAGGCGAUUGCAAUGUUAGAAGCAAAUGAUCAGAUCAUCAUGUCCAGAAAACUUGAAGGUUUGGAUGAAGAUAGUCAAAAAUGGUACAUCUUAAAGAAAAGACAGAUCUUGAAGAAAUUAGAAGAAGAGAUUGUGGAAUGAGCAAGUCACCAGAUAGGUUUGAAAUGUCUUGGUGUUUUUAUCUUUUGAUUAAUUUGUCUGUUAUGUGUUUGAAAACCUUGUCUCUAACAAUUGUGUUGUACCCUAGGAGAUCCCAGGUUAGGCAAGUCCUUGCAAUUCAAAAUGUAGUUUUGUUGU